UUUGCCAUGACCUACUUUGGGGAAUAGAGUUGCUUGCUUGGGCUCUCCCUUAUGCUGUGACUCGUGACACGUGACUCGUGAGCUGCUCUUGUUGUACGACUUUUCCUAUAUAAUUGAAUCUAACCAAUGUUGUCCAUAUUGGCUUCUACUUCUUACCAGCCACUCGGUUUUCAUUUCUCAUAUUGAAAUUGUUGCCAAAGUUCCACCAACCAGAGUUUUGUUUCGAUCGGCCGCGCGUUCUCCUGAUAUCUGCUUCUCGAUCUCCAGAGUAAUUUCUCAGGACCAUCUCUCAGAGAGUCCUAUCCUAUCCAACAUAUAUGUCUAACAACCAGGUACCCAGUGAUGUCCCUAUGAUGAGCAUCACACGGGGAAUCAAGUACAAUUUCGACAAUGUUGAGGAGCAACCGCGAGAUCCCCCGUGGAGUGAUCGAGAUGCAGCUUCAACAAAACAAAAAUUGGAAGAAACAGUUCUUUCAGUUUCAUUCUGGAAUAAGAUGUUCGUACUUGCAUGUGUGAUUGCAGUCUCAUUAGACCCGUUGUUCUUCUACAUUCCAAUGAUCGAUGAAGAAGAAAAGUGCCUUGCAGUAGACAAAGAGUUGAGGACUAUAACUCUCAUUUUGCGAUCGCUUACUGAUGUCACUUUCGUAGUGAAUAUCAUAUAUCAUGUUUGCAAAGCCAUUAACGCCGCCUACAAAGUACACAAAGGAAAAAAGUCUGAAUUGGCAUCUGAUUGGGAAUUUUCGAAGGUAUCAACAGCGGAGAUAAUUCCAUUUGCUAAAUUAGUUGCUGGGAAGCUAGCAUGGCGCUCUACGCUAACCAGCAUUUUAGCUGUUUUCCCCAUGCCACAACUGCUUCUAGUAUUUGUCUUCUUCAAAAUGAGAGGCCAUGGAUACUUGGAGCGUAGAAAGAUUCUGAAUGUCUUUCUUCUCGCUCAAUAUCUGCCAAGGAUCUAUCGAAUUUACCUAUCAUCUCAGAAACUUAGACAAACUACUGGAAUAUGGGCUAAAGCUCUGUUUAAUUUUUUUCUAUAUAUACUUGCAAGUCAUGUCCUUGGAGCUUUUUGGUACUUUUUUUCUAUUCAACGAGAAACUUCUUGUUGGCAUCGGGCAUGUGUAAAUAAUAGUACAGAUGUUGAAGGAUGUAUGAGUACCUUAUACUGUGAGGUUCACAAUAUUGCUGCAAGAAAUGCCACAUUCCUUGAUCAAUUUUGCCCUAUAAGUGCUGAAGAGAAUGCUAAGGCCCCUUUUGAUUUUGGAAUAUUUUUGGAUUCCCUAAAAAAUGGUAUCACAGGGGAUAUACACUUCGGAACGAAGUUAUCUUACUCUUUUUGGUGGGGAUUGCGUAAUCUAAGUAAUUUUGGCACGAAUCUCGAAACAAGCACCUAUGUGUGGGAAACUUGCUUUGCAAUUUUUAUUUCUGUCAUUGGCUUGCUACUAUUUCUAUAUCUCAUUGGAAAUGUGCAGACAUUUAUGUCCAUGGAAACUCAAAGAUGGGAGGACAUAAGAAACAAGAUACAAUUGAAAGAGAAAGAUAUAGCAGAAUGGAUGGAUAGAAAUGAGCUCCCAGACGAUAUGAAGAAAGAAAUUAUGAAGAACAUAAAGCAAAAACUGGAAGAGAAUAAAGAUGCUGAUCUUGAGAAUCUUUUCUCUGUUCUUCCGAUAUAUACCAAAAAGUGUCUAAAGCGUUUCCUCUGCAUGAAAACGCUAAAGAAAGUCCCAAAGCUUGAGAGGAUGGAUGAAAUAGUGUUGAAAAUGAUGUGUGACUAUCUAAAGCCAGUGAUGUAUGCCGAGGGCACCGUGGUUUUACAAAUGGGAGAUCCACUACAUAGCAUGCUACUCAUUACAGAAGGCACAUUAUUGACCUACAGAACUACCAGUAAUGAUAGUCAUGUUGCAACUGAAAACGCAAAAAUGGGUAGUAUUCCAAGUUCUCCGUCAGUGGGCAACCUUGACAAAGGUGACUUUUAUGGCGCCGAAGAACUGAUCGAGUGGGUAACACAAAAGAAGGAUUUAGGCCAGCUUCCCGGCUCUGCCUUCAAUGUGAAAUGCGAUUCAAAAGUAGAAGGCUUUGUUCUCGCGGCCAAGGACUUGAGAAGUGUAGUUUCCAAAUGCGAAAACUGGUGGAAAAUUGGCAUUAGCCAGUCAGACCACAGCAAAUGCUAGGAUUGUGCAGCAGAAACCCGGAGUGAAUCCCCCGUACUAGCAGAAACCUGGAGCACUUAAUUUGUACCUGCUCUAGAGAUUUACAAAACGCAUGAACCUAGCUAAGAUAUAACCAAUGAUCACGUGCUUAUUUGUGUGUAUUUAUAUUAUUGUUUUUUGGGACAAAUUGUGUGUAUUUAUAUAGCUAUUAGCUAGAAACAGAGAGUGCUGAAGGUGAAAUAAUUGAGGGAAAUUUGCGAAUUUGUCAUCGAAAGUUUAGUACGUAAUUGUCAUAUGUUCGUGGGCCUAAUAAUUGUCACAUUGAAUUGUAGUAUGUUUCUUGAAAUGCAUAUCAGUAUAUUGAA